CCGAGGACGGUUUCUUCGAUUUCGAACCGGGGCCGGCCACGAAGGAGCGACCGGAGCCCAUUCUACAUCCACCGAUGGACCGCUUCAGCUACGUCCGCACGCUGCGGGAUGCGAUCUACGGCAAGGUUAUCCUCGCCCGGCGAAACGCGAGCAACCACGACGAGCUCGUCGCGAUCAAGAUGAUGAGCCUUGAGCACCUCGCGGCGCGCACGGCGCUGCGGGGCAACCUCCACAUCAAGGAAGACGGGCUGCAAGAGUUUGCGAUCUUACAAAGCUUGGCACCACAUGCGUCGCUUCUGCAUCUCCUCGAAGAUUUCGAGCACGACAACAUGUUGUGCCUGGUGUUUACCUACUGUCCGUACGGCGAGCUCUUUGACCAAGUGCACGGGCCCAACAAGACGUCACGAGGUGUCCACGAAGCAGUUGCCGCGCGCUGGUUUCGACAGAUUGUGCUGGGCGUUGCCCACAUCCACGCAGCCGGCGUCGCCCACCGCGACUUGUCCCUAGAGAACAUUUUGCUGGAUGCGCAGCAACAUUGCCGGAUAUGUGAUUUCGGCCUGGCGACACAGCGCGGCGAUCUCACCACAGGCCGCGUCGGCAAACCCUUCUACAUGGCCCCCGAAGUCUACCUCGGCGACCAGACGAGUUACAACGGCUUCACCGCCGACGUGUGGUCCCUUGGCAUCUUGCUUUUCAUCUUGGUCUGUGGUAUGCCGCCCCUGGAAGUGCCCGGCGACCACGACGCCCGCUUCCGCAUCGUCCGGCAAGAAGGCAUUCGCGCGCUCGUCAAGAUGUGGGGACUGCGUCUCUCGGAGCGCGUCCUCGACCUCAUCGCACAGCUACUUCGCGUCCAGCCGCACGAACGGCCAUCGCUCGAGACCAUUUUGCUGCACCCGUGGCUCACGGACACCGACGACGGCAGUUGCGCGGUCGACUGCAGGCCACCGACGACGACCACCGACGAGACGGACGUCGGGCGCUGCGACGGCCAGCGCCAUGGCAGUUGCAUGGCCUAUGUGGCCUGAUGGGCGUGCGUUCGUGGGUGUUGACGUCGUUGAGUACAGUGUAUAUGUUUGGCGGGUGGUGUAAGUAAUAGCAUACCACGCCCUUGUUGGCAGAAGAUUCGCCGCGCGUGGCUUGAUUGCCGUCGCGCACUCGGAGGAAUCUGCGGGCUUACUCGCCAGUGCCACUCUCGUGAUUCUUCGA